CUAUUUUCAAGUUCGACUAGUGACCGCAGUUGCUCAUAUAUGAUUAUGACUGGACCUUACUAUAUAAGAGCACCUUCCUCGUAUGUGCUUCAUUCUUUGUGUGUACUAUCCCAAGAUCAGAAAUGGCAGCUAAGUUGGUGGUAGUGCUCGCAGCCGUGGUGGCGGUGGCCCACAGCUCAGUGGUGCCAGUAGCCCGAGCAGACGCCGACUACACCAGCUUCGCGUACGACGUCGCGGACCCCAACACCGGCGACUACAAGAGCCAGGUGGAGACCCGCGUCGGCGGCAACGUGCAAGGACAAUACUCGCUGCUCGACGCCGACGGCACCAGGCGCACUGUUGACUAUGCCGCCGACGACGUCAACGGAUUCAACGCCGUCGUGCGCAAAGACCCCGCUGUUGUCGCUGCACCUGUAGUCGCCGCUGCGCCCGCAGUAGCCGCUGUGCCCGCUGUGGUUGCCGCCCGCACUAUCGCCGCUCCUGCUGUGGUUGCCGCCCGCACUAUCGCUAGCCCUGCUGUGGUUGCCGCUGCUGCUCCAGGCGUGAUCGCUCGUACUUAUUCCGCUCCUUCUCUAUAUUCUGCUCCUUUAGCCUACUCUUCUCCAAUUUCUUACUGGUAAAUUGCAUAACAUUCCACGUUGUAAAUACUGUUGUAUAGUUAUGAACGUAAGUUUACAAUUAAAGUGAAACUACCAAAAUUA